UCACGUCACGGCCUUUUUCUAUAUAACUCACCUCAUAUUUUAGCCUCUUCCUCAUGAUAUAUAUAGAAUAUCUCAAUGGGAUCAACCGCCGCCACCGCUCUCCUCCUCCUCCUCCUCCUAGUGGCAGUCCCUGCCGUCUUUGCCGUGACUUUCCAGGUGGGAGAUAAUGAUGGUUGGACCAUUGGUGUCGAGUACACGAGUUGGGUUAGUGAAAAGACUUUCAGAGUCGGUGACACUCUAGAGUUCAAAUAUGGUCCUUCGCACUCGGUGGCCGUGGUGAAUAAAGCCGACUAUGAUGGCUGCGAAACUAGCAGACCGACGCAGAGUUUUUCUGACGGAGACACUAAGAUCGAUCUUACAAAAGUAGGUGCUAUACACUUCCUUUGCCUUACUCCUGGUCACUGCAGCCUUGGCAUGAAACUCGCCGUACAAGUACUUGCUGCCGUUUCAUUAGAGCCUCCACCGUCUCCAUCAGCUCCAUCGCCGUCUCCAUCAGCUCCAUCACCGUCUCCAUCAGCUCCAUCGCCGUCUCCAUCGCCGGGAAACGCAGAAAACUUGAAAAAUGCGGCGUCUAAGGGAAUCAUGAGCUAUGGAAAGAUUGUGGUGACGAUGGUGUUGAUGUACGGUGUGCUUAAUUAGAUAUUCCCGCAACAAUUGCCUCGAUCUAUUUUUGGUCUUGGUCUUUCGAACUAGUCCAUCAUGAAGUGCUCUUCUUGUGUGUAAUAAAUUAUUUUCUUCAUCAAUACUUUUUUGCUUAUUGUUAUCUUUACUCGAUCUCUUUUGUUCUAUUACUCAUGGUCGUAGCACAGCGUUAUCGUUAUCAUGUUCUACAUGCUUAUUGAGUACAGUACAAAUUAAUCUUAGAUUCCGG